AUGUGGGAUUGCGCAGUGAUUGGUUGCCCGAACGGCCGGUUCAACGCCCAGAAAAGUUUGGCCCGUGUCUCUUUUCAUGUGUUUCCGCAUCCCGUGCGUGAAGCAAAUCGCUUCCGACGAUGGCUUUCCAUUAUCAACAAUCCGCGGCUGCUGCGUAUGCCCCCGAUGAACGUAUUCAAGAGUGCCCGCGUCUGUCGCCGGCAUUUUGGGACGGAUUGUUUCAAUGGCGAGUGUCGUAAUUUGCUUCCGAUCGCCAUUCCCACACUCAAUCUGCCGGAGGUGAGGCCUGUAGCGCUAGUGCAGCCGAUGGAUGCGGUGGGCGAUGAGCUGGAACGAUUACUACGGGAAGAGCGUAGACAGCAGCUGAAGCGACACGGUGCCAUCGAGACACCGUUCGAUGAUGAGACAAACGAAAAUGGCAAACGAUCAAAAAUAGGCAUUACUUUGCUGUCAUCGGAUGUGGACGAAGCCGAAUGCAGUACCGGUGAUCGAUUCAUCGACAGGAUUAUUGAGUUCGAUGUAAAACAAGAUUAUGACGAUGCGUCGUUGGCUAGCGAUUUAAGACUGUCGACGGUGUGCGGUGAAAGUUAUGGGUUGUCCAGUUUCACCGGGUUGGUGAUGAACCGAUCUGCUGAUUUGGAUGCACUGAAGCAGGUGGAAAUACUAAACGAACCUCCCGAGACGUUGUUGAAUGAUUCCCCCACACCGGCCGAUCGAUCGGGACACGUGCCGAUAGAAAAGGGAUACGAACAGCUCGUUCGAGAGUUCGCCAGUGAGGCUAGUAAUGAUGAGCAGGAGGAACAGCAUAUCCAAAGAAACGCGGACUGUUUGAACCUACAUGAUGAUAAACCGCAGACGGCGGAGGACAACACUAUGAAGCUGAGUAGUACUUCACGGUUUCCAAAAGCUCCACUCAACGAAGAGUUCUUCCAGAAGUGUCGUACCGACUUUUACGACUGCCCAAAGAAUGUGCUCGCGCAGAACGUGUGCACCCGGAUAGACCCGUUCGAUGCGUGUUUGUCGCGAAAAUCGCUAGAAAACACGCAACACGUCUUCACGUAUAAGAUCGAGAACGAAGGCAAACCGCUGACGAACCAGAAAAGUUCGGGCCGCUGCUGGCUGUUUGCGGCACUGAACUGCAUUCGCAUCCCCUUCAUCAAGCAGUACAAUCUGGACGAGUUUGAGUUUUCGCAGGCGUAUCUGUUCUACUGGGAUAAGAUCGAGCGGGCCAAUUACUUCCUAAACAAUGUGGUGGACACGGCCAAGCGGGGUGAAGCGGUUGACGGACGUUUGGUAUCGUUUCUACUGAACGAUCCAACGUGCGACGGUGGCCAGUGGGACAUGCUGGUUAAUCUGAUCAACAAGCACGGGCUGAUGCCGAAGAAAUGUUUCCCGGAAAGUUACAGCUGUGAGGCAAGCACCCGGAUGAAUUCGGUCGUAAAGAGCAAGCUCCGUGAGUAUGCGAAGGAUUUGCGCAAACUGAUCGACAAUGGUGCAUCGGACGAUGAGGUGAAGGAACGGAUAAAGAAGCAGAUGAACGAGGUGUACAACAUCGUUGGCAUUUGUCUUGGCAUUCCGCCGGAAAAGUUCACCUGGGAGUACUAUGACAAAUCGAAGAAGUAUCUUAACAUCGGUCCGAUCCGUCCGAUCGAUUUCUACGAGAAGUAUGUGAAGCCUUACUUCAACGUUGACGAUAAGGUGUGUUUGGUGACGGAUCCGCGCGCAUCGAACCUGUACGGCCGCUCGUACACGGUCGACUGUCUCGGGAAUGUGGUGGGUGGACGGCAGGUGCUGUACAACAAUCAGCCGGUCGAGCUGCUGCUCGAUUUGGUCACGAAAGCGCUAAAGUUUGGUGAACCGGUCUGGUUCGGGUGUGAGGUUAACAAACGUUUUGCCGGCAAGCAAGGCAUCGAAGAUUUGGAUGUGCAUGACUUCAAGCUGGUUUUUGGAGUAGACAUUCAGACUACGAUGGAUAAGGCCGAUCGGCUGCUGUACGGCGAGUCGAUGAUGACACACGCGAUGGUGUUUACGGGAGUGUCGGUUGAUCCCAACAGCCAAAAGCCGACCAAGUUCCGCGUGGAAAACUCCUGGGGUGAGGAUCGUGGCGAGAAGGGUUACCUAAUAAUGACGGCCGAGUGGUUCAAAGAGUUUGUGUUUGAGGUGGUCGUCGAUCGCAGCAUAGUGAGCCAGGACGUGCUGGAUGUAUUUGAUCUCCCGCCAAUAGUGCUGCCCGCCUGGGAUCCCAUGGGCACGCUGGCGAAGUAAAACGGAUAUUGAUUUG